UCGGCGCUUGCCCGGUGUCUCCUGUAUGCCUCUAUCUCCCCUCGAUUUCCUUCCCCUUUUUCCAUCCACUGCCCCCUAUUCUCUCUGGCGGCUCUUACUCCUACCCACCACGUGCGUAAGAGGUACGUGUGCGUGCGGUAGCGGCGCGUAGCCACGCACAUGCGAUUCGGAGUAGAGGAGAGAACGAGCGCAGCACUAUCGACGCGGCUGCGCGUACAACCGGCCGAUUCUACCCGAGAGAGGCUUCGUGUGUAGUGGGGAGCGCGUGUCACCUGUCGUGGCGUUGCGCGGUGUCAGUGUGACGCCGACCGUCGUGAGUUUCGGAUCGUUUCGUGGUGCGUUUCAACAUCGUUGAUCGCACGGUGUAUCGGGAUAGACGCAUACGAUCGCGUAUUAUAUCCACGUCGCGUUCGUGCGCCGAUUCGUCGUUGCCUGCGUCUCUUUCGUUUACACGCGUACACGCACGCGUCCUCUCUCUCUUUCCCUUUCCUUUCUCUCUCUCUCUCCCCCCCCUCUCUCUCUCUCACUCUAUCUUUCUCACUCUGUGUCUCUUUCUUUUUCUGUGUCGCUCGUCCGCUUUUCUCCCCCUCACGUAAUCUCUCCUCGUCCAUUUUCGAUCGCCGGCCGAUUUUCGGAUACGUCGUCGAGGUGCGUGCAGGCACGCCGCGUUCGAUCUCGUGAAUGUGCGCGAUCAGGAAGACGGCCGUCCGCAAGGAAACAUGCGUGAACAGAGCUGGAGGACAACGACUGCGACAACGACGAGGAGCACGCUGCACGUGACUGCGGCACCCUCGCACGUUUUGCUGCAGUGAGUGGAGAGAAAGGGAGGAAAAAGAGAGUGAUAGAAACACGUCCUUUCUCCUUCCGUUGUUACGUCGGAGCCUGUGCUUAACGGGGAGUAAAGAGUGCCGGUGGUUGGUGCGGUAUUCGUGAGUUACCGAGGUUCUUUCUCCUUUGCGUGAUCCACGGAGGAGACUACGAAUCCUGGCACGUUUUCGGCGUCGUUCGAACCACCCGAGAGAAGAUGAGGCGUACCAUCUUGGAAACGAGGAUGCACCCCGUGUUAUCCUGCUGGUGCGUUGUCGCCACCGUCACCAUCGUCUUCGCUGCAUGGCAGGAAAACAUCAGGCCGAAGAUGUACGUCCAACUCGGUGCCGAAGAUGUGUUCAGGUUUACGGGGAACGAGACGCACACAGACUACUUUCGGCUGGUACUCCGGGACGGGAACUAUCUUCUGGUCGGCGGAAGAAAUCUCGUGCACAAUCUGAGCCUGACUGAUUUGACCGAGCAACAAAGGUUGACUUGGUACUCGACCGACAGUGACGUGAAGAUGUGCCUGGUGAAGGGCACGCCCGAGGAGAAUUGCCAGAACUACAUUCGCAUCCUCGUCAAGACGGACUCGAACACGUUGCUGGUGUGCGCGACCAACGCUUUCAAGCCGAUGUGCCGCGACUACGGGGUACACCCCGGCAACUAUACGAUCCUGAAGGAGAAGGGAGGCCAGGCGAUGUGCCCGUACGACCCUCGUCACAACAGCACCUUCGUCUACGUAGACGGAGAGCUUUACACCGGCACGGUGGCCGAUUUCGCGGGCAUGGAUCCCAUCAUCUAUAGGGAGCCGCUGCAGACCGAGCAGUACGACUCCAAGAGCCUAAACGCGCCAAACUUUGUCAGCUCCAUGGCCCAGGGAGACUUCGUCUACUUCUUCUUCCGGGAGACCGCCGUGGAAUAUAUCAAUUGCGGCAAGACCGUCUAUUCUCGCGUGGCGAGAGUCUGUAAAUACGAUCGAGGUGGUCCGCAUCGAUAUCGCAAUAGGUGGACCUCGUUCCUAAAGUCCCGUCUCAAUUGUUCCGUCACCGGAGACUUUCCUUUCUACUUCAACGAGAUACAAUCAACGACGGAACUGAUAUCGGGUCAGUACGGCAAUAAGUCGGCGCAGCUGAUUUACGGCACGUUCACUACCCCCGUGAACAGCAUCAGCGGCUCGGCCGUCUGCGCCUUUUCCUUGCAAGACGUCACCGACACGUUCAAGGGUAACUUCAAGGAACAGAGCGCCAUCAACUCGAACUGGCUGCCGGUUCAGAGUACCAAGGUACCGGACCCGAGGCCCGGCCAGUGCGUCAACGACUCCCGAUCUCUGCCCGAUCUGACCCUCAAUUUUAUCAACACGCACUCCCUCAUGGACGAGCUGGUGCCGAGCUUCUUCGGUCAGCCUAUCGUCAUACGCACCAGUUUCCAUUACAGAUUCACGCAGAUCGCCGUGGAUCCUCAGGUGAAGACUCCAGGCGGUAAGACGUACGACGUGUUGUUCAUCGGUACGGACAAUGGAAAGGUGAUCAAGGCGGUGAACGCCGAGUCGGCGGACACACACCUGAAGGUCAGCCCCGUGGUGAUCGAGGAGAUCCAGGCGUUCCCGUCAACGGUGCCGGUGCGCGGCAUCAAAGUGGUGAGAGCCUCGCAGGCCGGCGACGGCCUCGAGGACGGCAGGCUGGUCGUGAUCGCCGAUAGCCAAGUUCAGGCGCUCAGGCUACACCGCUGCUACAGCGAUAGGAUCUUGUCGUGCGGCGAGUGCGUGGCCCUGCAGGAUCCGUAUUGCGCCUGGGACAAGGUCGAGGGCAAAUGCCGGGCGCUGGUCGGGCCCGCGGCCACCGAUGCGAGCAGAUUUCUGCAGAGCGUGGCGACCGGAUUGCACGCCUCGUGUCCACCGAGCAAAACUUCGAACAAAGACGCGAGCAGCGUCGGCGCCAUCUCCGCCAACCAGAACAAAUUCCCGCAGGACUCGAUGAUACCGAACAAGGAGGGUCAAGGCGGGGAGAUCAUCAAUAUCAUGCAGGACGAGGAACAGGAUAAUUCGGGUCCGGAGGUAUCGGCGGCAGACUCCCCACCGCCGCAGUAUUCCGUGGAGACCCUGGUGAUGGCCGUGGUAGCCGGCGCGUUGGCAGCUCUGUUGGUCGGCUUCGUGGCGGGCUACCUGUGCGGCAGGAAAUGUAGAAAAGACGAGGACGAUAAUCUGCCGUAUCCGGACACGGAGUACGAGUACUUCGAGCAGCGUCAAAACGUAAACAGCAGGCUAGCACCGGAGCCGAAACUACUGCCCCAGGAGGAAGUGACCUACGCGGAACCGGUGCUGGUUCCGCAGCCUCCGAAGCUUCAUUCGCCGAAAGGGACGAUGCGAAAGCCGCCGCCAACCCCGACGGAAACGCUGUUCCAGUUCCCAGACGGGUAUGGUUUCCGCGGGCCGAGGGACAACUUCGGGACCCUACGAUCCCACCAGGGUGACGCGUAUCGACGCAACGAUGGGUUCGCGACCACCCGCAGCGUGAAGAAGGUUUAUCUCUGAGAAACGAGCGAGGAGGGAGGUGGCCGUCACCGGAGCUUAGGACGGCCAGCGCGCAAUCGGCACAACGCGACCACGGCGGCCAGGAGUAGUCGCGCUGUGACGUCUGGGGGACAGUCGAAUCGCGAACUCGCGGGCCCGAGGGCGCUUGAAUCGCCUUCGCCGCCCUCGAGCGUCUCGUCUAGUUCCCCGUCUCCUCCCUCCUCGUCACCCUCGCCGACCCUCGUACCGAUCGCCAUGAGCGGUGGUUCGCCACCACCGCCGACGCCGCCCUGCAGCUACAUCUAUCGAUCAUAGUCGUCGUCGUCGUCGGCGUCGGCCUCCUCGCCGCCGCCGUCGUACUCUGCUUCUUGUUACGCGACGCCAGCAGCAGGGACACCGUUCUACAGUCCCGCUGCGCGUUCCGAUCCUGUAUAGUAGCGUGUGAGCGCUCACUUUCCCUGUUUUCGUUUCCUUUCGUUGCGCGUUCCUUGCGUUUUCGCUUGAUCCUCGGUUGCCUUUCAGUCCGUCGGAAUCGCCGAUACGGGCAUCGGUCGAGUCUACCUACCAGGAUUAUUGCCGAGUAUCACGUCGUCGUCCGACGACGAUUCUUCUCUAGGGAAAGGACUGCUCCAGCAAGAGGGGGGUAAAGCCCGGCCGUGUCGAUCGAGCUCGGUAAUCAGGCUCGAUCGUGCUAGAUGGUGCGUUGAGUCGUUCGCAAUGGAACGUCGCGAUCUCCGCCGUUUUAUCGAUCGAUUCCCGAAAACCCACGCGUAGUAUUAUGGCAAAGGUUACUUCUCGUGAAGUCAAUUAAAAGAGACUAUCGUCGGACUCGACUUGCGAUUUUUCUAAUGUUGUAAUAUUUAACGCGAGUGUUUGACAGUGCCAUAAUUGUUCGCGUAAUACUACCGCGUGCCUCGAAACUAAGGGAUGCUCGCGCGAGACGCGCCACGCUCGUUUCGUCUCUGUCCCCUUCGAUGGAGGGACGAACGAUCGGAAUCUCUCGAUUCGAUGGUGGACAGGAAGCAGAGGGAGGGAAUGAAACGAAGAAAAUGGAAUAUAUGACGUUGGACUUUAGUCGUCACGGCAUCGUGCCAUAAACGUUCGAUCGUUUGCCGUAAAAUCGCGGAGAUCGCCACGUAGCCUUUACGAUGCGUCGGUUAAUCAGCAGACUCUCUUUAAGUGACUGAUAGUUUGGCGAAACGGGGUUAUCGCCGAGAGAUUACCACGGCGGAUUUCUAAUUUUAUCGUACGUUUCGGAAACGCGCGUUUCACCACCUGCACAUAUACGUAAUACAGAGAGCAAAUGGGAAUAGAGAAAGAGCUAGAGAAGAACGAGUAUGCGUGAGAGGUGUUUAAAUGUUAACAGAGAGAAAAGAGUUAAAGAGGGAAGGUAGAGGGAGAGAGAGAGAGAGAGAGCUGGCCAUGGAGAGAGGAAACGAAAGAGACAUAGAACUUGUAUGUAAAUAAUACACGUAUAUAAAAAGAGAAGAAACAAAUAACAUAUACGAAGAGGUUUAAGAGUUCUAUGAGCUGCAGAUGCGGAAAGGGAGAAACGAGAAUCAGUCCAUCUAGAACCUGGGCCCGAUGAUACACGUAGACAUCUAUCUUAAAGUGCUUCUUAUUUCAGUGUGUUUAGAAGUAACGCGUAUGUGAUAUAUAUUAUAUGACGAGGUGUUUUCUAGAGGUGUUGAGAGAAAGGAGGAGAGAAAGCGAAAGAGCGAGAGCGAUGGAGUAGGCGCGAUGGACGCGGCGAUGAACUCGACGAUCCUUUGUUCACAAGAAUUCACCGCUGGCUGCGCUUUCACCAACGAUCUGUCGAGCGUUUUCGUGAAAAAUUUGUAAAAUUUUCCAUCGAGUUUUGUCCGACGCUUCUACCUUCGUUAUAUUCGUCCCUCUUUCUUCCUUUGCGUUUCCGUCUCGUCCCCGAUCGUCGGGUAUAACACCGAUUCUGUGAACAAUCGAGCGAGAGUGUCACGCCGCCUUCGUUCAUUUUAUUCGUUGUUUUCUUUGUUCUUGUUCGACACGCACACUAUCACACCAAGUACACAGGACAACGGACUAGCGCGUUUGUUACGGCGUUUAUUCUUAUCGCCGAUCCGUAUCGGUCAGCAGUCCGAUCGAUCGGCUGGUCUUUUUCGAUUGAGAAACGAAGGCUCGCCCGACACACGCCCCCUAAAACGGUAAGACUGAUAAGACUCCUUGGCCGGGCGGGCCCCUCCAUCCGUUUAUCGUUGUUAGAGUACCGUUAGAUCGGCAUCGACCAACACGGUUUCCUUUGUCGACAGUACAAAUUUUCAUCGCGUUUCGUACACGAUAUACGUUGGUCUUGUUUCACGAGCAGGCAACGCGGGCGCCCCGCCACUUCUUUCCCUGUGCUUGAAAACAAAAAAAAAAAAAAAUCAACGCGAAGGCCUGUGCGGUUUAUCCACGUUCCCGGCAAGAUACUGUCGUUUGCAUGCGUCCGAGAACCUUGCUAGAAGGAGGAGGAUACAGGGCGCUGAGCAUCCUGCGCGUGAAACGACAGGACAGGCUGACAAGAAAAAGGGGACUCGAUUUACACACAAAUACAUUACAUACACGCGCGCGCGCACACACGCACACACACACACGACACGCAGUACACGCGUAUACAUAAAUACACAAUCAGACGCGCGCGCAUGUCGUCGCAGAGCGCGGACAGCCGCGCGUUUCAAAGCUGCCAUGUAUUAUCGACCCGACACUUCUCGUCGUUGCAAAAUAUCUAAUUGUACCUCCGGUGUAGGUAGCGUAUUUUUAACGGCUUGUUUUCACUUGGGUCGGUCGGAGGGGAGCGGACGUUUUCUAAGUUUGAUACGAUAUUAAACGAGUUCGCGCUUUAUCCGUUUAAGGUUCUACUAAAUCUCUCCUAGUGUGAUCCUUUUCGCGAAUGGAAGACUCAGGCACGAUACCAAAGAUUAUUACUUAUAACUAAGCACACCGUUGCUCUUUGCGAUGGUGAUUGAACGUUAGAGGCGCACAAAAUAACAAAAAGAAAAGAUAAGAGAAGAAGUAACGUUCUAGGGAUUGCUGACCCCUCGCACAAAAUCGGACGCUCCCGAAGUUAACGUUUGAAAGCAACGCGCUCGAAUAACCUCGAACCGAACGGACGGUUCUUUUUUCUUUUUUUUUUUUUUUCUUUUACCCUUCUUUCGUCUCUCCUUUCGACGCGCGCGCUAACGUUCGCUCACUGAUUUUUCUACCAACCGUUAGCGAAUCGCAACGAUUCCUUCCUCCGUUGACUUCGUUGCCGCACGUUAUGUGUUCAUUGCGAGACUACGAAACCCAAUCGGUAGCAUCGUUUUACAAACGCUGCGUCGCUCGAAUCACCGUAUUUCGAUUCGAUUUCUCAAUUGAAAGAAUGGGGGGAGGGGUGAAAGAAGGGUUCGACGAGUUUUUCAACGACGGCGUUGACGAUCCAGCAAUCGGGGGACACACCGAGAUCACGAUUCGAAGAAGGCGAAGGGAGAAAACGAUCGAAUCGCGCACGACGUUGGAAUCAAGUAAUGCAUGAAAGGAUGCGAGAGGAGAGAAAGCGUCGCGAUCGUUGCACGUUCGGAGAUAUUUUUCGUGACGGGGAUACCGAGUUAGCAGCGUGAUGAAACAAUAAGAGGAAAAUGGCAGGGAUAAUUGAAGGAGGGGGAGAGAAAGAGAGAUUGAAAUCAGAAUUUUAUGAUAAUCUUAACGAUAUUAUAAUCGAACGUUGAUACUUGUAAUAAGAGUUAAAGGGACAAAAAUAGGGAGGGAGACGUUAACAGAGAUUCGUGUUAAACGUGUUCAAAGGAACUCGCGCGUUCGUGUUGUUUAAGCCAAUAAGGAACGGAUUCCAUCCAAGAUAAAAAAAAAAAGAAAAAGAAAAAAACAAAGAAAAAGGAAGAUUGAUCGGCGAUGUCGCUUGUUGCGUGAACGACGUUUCUGUUUCUUUCUUCAGCCAUGUUAAUCGAGUUUUCUUCGUUCGGAAACGUGAAAAAGCGGAUACGCGAGCGAUAGAGAAAUAGAGGUUCGGUGAAAAUUUGCGUUGCCAACGCGUGGCGGCAGGCGGGACGCGAUAAUUUCAUGCAUUAUUGUAUUUCAAUCGCUUAACGAAUUCCAGCAUUUCCAUAUUUUCUAUUCCUGUUUCUUUCUCUUUUUCCUUUUUUCAGUUCUUUUUACUCUUCUUCUUUGUGUACGCAUACGUUUAUAUUUAAUGGGAAAGCGAAAAACGGAAUGGGAAUAAGGAGAAAAGAAAGAAGAAAGAUAAGGUGGGACGGUGGAUGGAGAUAACGAGAGAAUGCGCGUGUGCUUGAUCGUGAAAAGUUUAGCCAGUUAUUACGAUUAUAAACUGAGAAAAUAAUUAGGUAGACAUACGGGGUCUUCUCGUUAAAGAAGAAGCGCUCCGGUUAGAUGAUCGCAGCAUGUAUGAAACAAGAGUUUGACGAUGAAAGCUUAGACAUAAGUAGAGGAUUAGCGAACGGUAUUUAUAUAUAUAUAUAAUAUAUAUGUAUAUAUAUAUAUAAAUCUAUAUAAAUAUAAAUAAAAAAUAUAUAUAUAGAACGCUUGAAACGUAUAUUAAUAUUAUAACUUUUUAUAAAUAUAUUUUUCCGUCGAAGUCUAGCCUAGUUGGAUACAUACACGGUUAUUAACGACUAUUAAUUUAUCCGAUCUGAUUACUAUAUCGAGGAUCUAGCGUUAAUUCGAACAUUUUAGACGUCAUAGUUUUACAUGAUAGACGAAGUUGUACGAAUUGUAAGUGGCUCGAAGGGAGAUUGAAGGAUGGCAGGUGGAGCCGGAGAAUGAAAUGAAAAAAUACAUUAGUACCUAACGUUAUGAAAUUUAACUACUAGCGUUGAGCCACUCGUGGAAGGGUCGCUCAGCCGCUUCUCGAUCAUCCAUCGAUGGACGUUACCACGCGAAGCUUCGUCGACGUUCGCGCUCGACGUUGACCUUUCCUCCCCGAGUAACCGUUGCACGUCGGCGAACGUCGAUGAAAUUGUUCGCUCGCCUAGGAAAAUCGAUCGGCGUGAGUGACCGCGAAGCGACCAGUCGCCCUUUCUCGUGCUUUGUAAUUAAGAGACAAAAGAGUGCGAAAGAUAGAGACAGACGUCGGAGAGUUAAAGUUAGCGAGUGAGAGCGACUAAAAGAGUGCGAGCGAAAGUGUGUCUUGAGAACCAGAAGGAACGGCGAGUACGUUCAUAAUACACGUAUACAUAGGCUUGCAUAUACACGGAUCAUUCGUUUCGUUUCUAUUCUUCGGUUCCCUUUUUGAUUUUCCCAAAGAAAGAGAGCGAACGAAAGAGAGAUGGAGCGUGUGCGUGAGAAGGGCGCAAGGAGAGCGUGAGAAAAGGGUGAGAGAGUGUGAGAACGAGAGCCCGGCACCAAGAAUGCCCGGAAUCCCCCCUCCCCCCUCCCCCAAGCCCAAUGACAAAAAAGAAAUUGUAACGCGGCACGGGCUCUCGUUUUACGCGUACUGGUACACAAGCGAGCGCUAAUUACCACAUGUAACGCUAAUUAAUAAUUACCGAUAACUACCAAGUAAUAAUCAUACUGUUAACUAAAGUAACGAACGCGAUCGCGAUACUAGAGGAUUUCUAAAGGGCGAACAAGAUGAACACUAUAGUAUUUAUCAACGAUAAAGUAACGAGAACGUAACACGUAUUUUGCUUCUUCCUAAUACAGUGCCGUUUACGCUAUUUUUUACUGUAACUGAUAGAGAAAUUCGGCCAAGGAUGUGGCGCGCAACAUUUCGGGGGUGAGCGUGCGGCCACUCUUUCAACAAAUAUUCGCGAGAUCGUGCGAUUCGUCAAGAGCAAGAGAGAGAGAGAGAGAGAGAGAGAGAGAGAGAGAGAGAGAGAGAGAGAAAGAGCGAGAGCGAAAUCAGAGUGAAAGGGAACGAGUCGAGUUUCUAUUUAGUCGGCUGUCGUAAAAACGUGACGGUCGUGAAACCGUGACUCUGGAUCGUUUUAACGGCGCGUGCGAACGCCUGACACACGGACGACUCUCGUCGUCUGGGGGGGGGGGGGGGGGGGGCGAAUACGGAACCGAUUAGUCGACGCGACAAACCCUUUGUACGCCACCGCGAUUCCUCGGGGCGUUUGUAAAGAUCGCCGAUUCGUACAAUCUUCGACCUUGUCCAAGUAUCGUCGUUCCGAUCAAUUGUUGGCGCAUAUUCCCCGUUGAUCGCCCUGGCAGUCGCGCAUUCCGCAUCUCGACAAGUUUCUGCCGUGUAAAACGCGUAUGGGUGCAUCCACUGUCAAUUACAACGGAAUCAACGGCAUAAUUUUCAGUCGUUCUAUAUCGCAUGCUUUCAAACUCCACUCGUCUGUGACCUCUUCUUCCCGACUUUUUCAUCACGCAGAAACGGGCUACAAACCGCGUCUACAGCGGCAGAAACUCGCGGACGUAGAUGAGUCCUCCUGUGCAUUGGAAAAGCGUUUCGCUGUCACGGGCUGUCCCAGUUGUACGAGUCGCGCGCGCAAAUUUUAUAGGCCCAGAGUCACGAACGUGGGAUAAAGAAAUAAAAUGGUAGGGCAGGGGGCCUUUGACUUAAUUAACGCGCGUGAUCGCGUGUCUCGCGGUAAUUUAUUAGUAAGAAUGCCGUUCGAAACCGAUGGACGAGAGGGUGAAAGAGGAUGAGAAUGCGUGAGCGAGAGAGUUGUACGUGUACGUGUGCGAAGAAGCAUGAGAAGAGAACGAGAAUAGUGAAAAUUUUUUGGCGCCACGUUUCGAUGGCGCGAGAAAUUCCAUUUGUUCACGCGGCUACCCGCCAUGGAUUCCGCCGUGGAGCCGUUCGCGGGCAGCCGUACCGAUUUUAAAAGAGUACAGUACUGGAGGAAUGAAUAAUAAUUAAUAAUAAUAUUAAUAAUACUAAUAAUAACGAUAUUGCAUUAAUACCGAAGGUAUAUUAUUGCCGAUAAUUAUAUUGUAACGAUACGAGAAUGAUAUUAUAUAUAAUACUCUUUAUAAAGGCAGGCAGGAGAUGAUUAUGUAAACGCGGUGAAGUACUGAGGAUUAUAGAGAGUGAACCGUGAACGAGAAAGAGAGAGGAUAAAUGCACGCGCGAGAUCGAGAGAAUGAGACGGACGAAUGGGAGGGAGAAACUGGCAGGGAGAUUGCGACGAGACGAGAGAAAGGGAGAGAGAGAGAGAGAGAGAGAGAGAGAGGAAGGAAAAUGAAAGAACGAUAAGUAGUCUUUUUCGCAGUAGGCUGAUGGUAGAGACACGGCACGUCUAAUAUUAACAAACAAAAAAAAAUAUAAUUAAAAAAGUAAAGUAAAAAAUAUCAUAACGCGAAAAAAGAUACAGUAGUAAUUUACUAUCGGCUGACACGUAGUGUGAAUGCUGACAUAGGAGAAGCAUGCUGGCAACGAGUGCUUUUGUGGAUUCCGAGAGAUGGAUGUUUGAGAAGAAAACAAGGUCGGCUCGCUUUCGUCGUCUUUCUUCCGUCAAAACGAUAAGCGCGUCGGCAACGAGAUGCAUCCGAUAGUUACGACGUACAAUCGCCACAUUGUCGAUUCGCCGAUUCGCCGAUGUGAUUAAGAAAAAGAGAGAUACGCGUUGGUAUCGAUGGCAUCGUCGACGACACGACGAAAUCGUUACCCUUAGCCUCGUUACGCCUGGCGACAAUGAACGCGAUCGAUACCGGCGAAGAUCUCGGAACGUCGCUCGUUUUCCUGGAAACGAGAGAUCCGGCGACAGUGGCGCAAGAAGCAUAAACGAAGACGCGAUGGAAAGAGGAUUCGCUACCAUUACCGUAUUGCGUCUGUUAUGCCUGACAUAGUUCGCUAUUAAGAAAAAGAGAAGGCAAGGUAUUCGUGGUUGAAGGAGCUUAGGGAAAACGUAGAGCGGGCGAGCUUUCGAACGGAAGAGAGCGCGCCGAAGGGAAAAGAAAGGCGAAGAACGGGAAUAAGGAGGAUGCGAAGGCGAGCCAAAGAGGAAGACCGAGCGGCAGGAUUGCGAAGAAACGAAAGAGUAUGAGGAAUAUUGCGAAAGAGCAAGUGAGAGAAUGAGAGAAUGCUAGAAUAAGAGGGUGGCGAGCUAGGGGGAGAAAAUGAAGAGGAGCGAUUGUAGAUUCGGAAAGUCACUUAGCCAGCAGACUGCUGUUCAUAGUGCCCUGUUAUAGUGGGUUCCCUAGGCAGAGCGGCAGAGACGCGAUUAAAAAGCGAAAACAAGAGAGGCGGACAAGAGGAGAGAGGCAGGAGAGAAUCAAGUUGUUGGUGAAGAGCGCGUGGAUGAGGUCGAGGAACGAAAUGUCGGGAAUCGGAUGAAUUGCGCGUGGCCCCGACCAGCGAAUACGCGGACGCCAGAUUCUUUUUCUUUUUUUUUUUUUCUUUUUUUAAUAUUAUUUUCUUAACAAUCGCGUGGGAAUUUCGAUCGAAGAGAAACGCGAUCGUGACAACGACUAUGUAGAUUAAUCGUGACAAACUCGCCGAUGUCGCGACCGAUAUUCCUUGCUCGUGCCGUGGAUCGAUCCGACCUUUUUGCCCAUCGAAUCUCUGACGUCAGAUAUUUUCUCCCUUUUGCAGUCGCGUUUCGAAAAGAUUGUUCGCGGAAUCGCCGUGCCGCUCGAUGCUCGAAAACAAUGCGCAACCUCGUUUACGAGCGAUAUCGUGCCAAGAGGUGCGAUAUUAUCGAUUACCAUUACCGCAACCGACUUCGGCAUACUGUACGACCGUUAUCACCGCUCUCGCGUUCAAAGAGACCGAAGCUCGUCGUUUUGGAUCGUUGUAUUCGAUGAUCGAUCGGUGGCACGGAAUCCGCGCGUCCGUAUACUAUUCGCGUAUCGAUCACGAACGAGGAAGGUAUUGGAAUCGUCGACGAAGCAUUCUACGAGUCUCUCGAGGCUAAUGAUGUUUUGAAGAUUGGAAUCGUAGCUUGGUAAUAACGAGGUACUCCGCUCUCUGCCCACGGGACCCUGAUCUAUUUUUCAGAAUACGCUAUUGUGAUUAUUACUAUAUGAUAACAUUUAAAAAAAAAAAAACACUAAAAUCACAAAAAACACCUUGUACUAUUGUUUAUUAUACGAUUCUGACGACGAUUAUUUAUAAUGUUAAUAAUCUAUAUUAACGAUAAUUACCGCAUUAUACCAUUAUUAUAUUUAGUACUAUUUAGAGAGUGAGGCUGCUACUAUAUUAAUGAAUUAAGUACUAAGUAACGGAUUAAGUAAUUCAUUAGACUUUAUAUAUAAAUAUAUAAAUAUUACUAAACAUACUCUUCGCGUCAAACUGCGUUUAUCGGUUUUCUCUUCGUAUACACGUUGAUUUCCUAUACAUAUAUGAAAUAUAUAUAUAAAUAUAUAAAUAUAAAUAUACAUAAAGUAUCGAAUAAUCACAGUA